AUGAAGUUGUCGCAGCUUGCAGCUAUAAUUGGCGCGGUUGGCCUAUGCAGGGCUUCUCCGGUGCGCAUUGAGAAGAGGGACAACUCAUCAAUCUCAUCAAUUCAACUUAGCUCGGACAAAUCAUUUCACUACGAACUGCUGCGUGAUCUGUCCAUCGCAGCAUAUGAUGGUUCCGAUAUCAAUGAAAUUCUCACAGCUGCUAGCGAAAUCAAAGCAGGAGACUUCGAAAGUUAUUAUGCUACAUUCAACAAACUUGCCACCCGCGUUCAUGAGCAGGCUAAGGGUAUCAACCUUACAAACCAUCCAAUAUCUGCUCGCCGCGCCUUCUUCAAAGCCGCAACUUAUUACCGUUCCGCAGACUUCUUUUUGCGGGGCAACUGGACCGAUCCCCGGGUUUAUUCUCUUUGGGACAAGCACUUAGAGGCGUUCAAUACAGCAAUAUCUCUUCUCCCUGUUCCAGGGCAGAGGGUAACCCUGCAUGCCAAGGGUAAUGAGCCCAACUCGAACUUUUCGAUACCCAUUAUAUUUUACGGUUGUGGUUUACCGGGGCCCCGACCGACAAUCAUCAUGGGGAAUGGCUAUGACGGUGCGCAAGAGGAAAUGUAUCAUGUGCUAGGCAAGGCGGCCCUUGAUCGAGGAAUCAACGUUAUCACUUACGAAGGACCUGGGCAACCCACAGUACGUCGAGAACAGAAACUCGGCUUCAUCCCUGAGUGGGAGAAGGUUGUUACCCCAGUUGUCGACUAUGCCCUCACUCGUCCUGAGGUCCGAGUCAACGCUAUUGGUCUCAUGGGCCUUUCAUUCGGCGGUUUCCUUGCACCUCGCGCUGCGGCAGUCGAGAAACGUAUCGCUGCUGUUAUUGCACUAGAUGGCAUUUACGAUUUUGGCGAAUCGAAUCUACGACCUUUCCCCCCACAACUAAAGGAGCUCUUUAAAUCCGGAUCUGAAAACGCCAAACGUUUUGAUUCUAUCGUGGAAGCGGGCCUGGCGGAACCUUCGGCCGACACGUUCACUCGCUGGGCUGUUCAACAAGGCUUGUGGUCGUUUAACACCGAGUCACCAUUUGAGUGGCUCUCACAGACCCAAAAAUACAACAUGGACGGCUUUGUGCAGAAUAUUACAAUGCCCGUUUUUGUGGCUGAUGCACAGAAUGAUCAAUUUUUCCCUGGCCAAGCAAAAGCACUAGCCGAUAAGAUUGGUAGCAAAUUUGCUACUUAUCAUGAAUUCAGGGCCGUUGAUGGGGCGGGAGAGCAUUGUUCUGUUGGUGCAAGUGUUCUGGCGAACCAGAUACUCCUGGACUGGUUUGAGGAUAUUGUGCGGCAUUGA